AUGACCACACAGGCAUCGGUGGUAUCCAACGCUAUUGACCUUAAGGGGUCAGUGGAGGUUGUUGCGGACUACUUCUGUAUGUCUAUUUUUUUCCCUACUAUCUCAGAUGUUGCCAUCAAUAAUAUUCUCUAUGUUCGGGGAAUAUAUCCAGAACGACUGUUUAAGCAAGUCAAAAAAUUUGACCGGACUGUUCUCAUCACAAUUGAUGAAGAGCUUGACAAAUACUUGAAGUGCAUAGUCGAUCAGAUGCGAGGUAAGGUGACCUUUUGUUUAUUGGCAGUCUGGUUGCAAAAUGGUUCUCUCAAGCGUCUUGUUUUGGCCAUUAAAUGUUCAAAGACUGACGAGGUUCUUGAGCGUUGGCAGUUCAAUGUUAUCAGAGAAGACACCUCUGAUGUGAAGCAAGUUCCUGUUUAUCAUCUUAUUUUUUCAGAAGUCUCGCUCCGAAGACCGCUCAGCAAGUCAGUGCCGAACUUGGCACUAUUCUUCGACUUACUUGUCUAUACGGACAAAAAUAGCGAUGUUCCAGAGGGCUGGGGAGAAACGGGACCACGGUUUAUUUCAAAUUCUACAGAGGUUCCCCUGCGCUCUUUUUCGACACGCAUCCACAAGGUUGAAUCUAUCGUCUCCUACAGGGUCUUAUGA